AUGUUGGACAAGGCGAACCAGACCUACGCCAUGGAAUUCAAGGACUACGAUCAGAGAAACGAAUAUCCGACUACGAUUGAUCAGGUUGCAAAAGCGCUGAUCAAACAUAAGCCGGACAAUCAAAAGAAAGGUCCAACGACACCGAGACAUACUCCAAGACCAAACACUGCAAGCGGCAGUGCCCCUGACGGAGUGAGCAACGCACAAGCGAAUGCUCGAACGACAUCUUCACGACGGCUUUUAGUUGCUGGUGUUGCGGAGAUACUGGCCAUGGGGUCACCCGUUGUCCCGAACGCUCCACGCGCCCACAAGCGGAAUGGAGCGACCCAGGGCGAUACAGCGACGCACCCACUACUACUACUUCAAGACGAGCGAGGAGAGCCAAUCUCAAAGUCCCUACGGCUGCAUCUGCGGCGCAGUCGGAUGCCGCGUCUAGCGUUACGGGAAUGCAAUCAACUGGUCAACAACAUCGAAGCAAUAUGCAACGAGCUGUUGUUGACAGGAGUGGAGAUGGCACUUCUGGUACUACUGAUGUACCCGGCUCUUAUGUGGUACGAGGCAGAUCUGUUGCUGAUGGACAAUCUAAUGGUAGAAUUACAGGAUGGAACCUUGCACGAGUACGUGUAA